UAUCAUUCAAAUUAAACAACUUAACUGGAUUAAUUUUUCGAAACGAUGGCUGCUUUCAAUGAUACACUUCGUGCAGAAAUUGAAGAGAAGAAAGAAGACUCAGUUUCCGAAAGGACAACUCGAAAUGGAAAAAUACUGAAUGCAAAGGAUGAACCAGAGUUUGGAAUGAAUAUUACUCCAACCACGUUGUUCUUCAAGUACCCAAUUGGGGGAAUUGGUUAUUCAUUCUUUACAGUCACCAACACAACAUCGGAGAAACAAGCAUUCAAGGUGAAAUCCAGUGACAACACUUGGUUCCGUUCAAAACCCAGCGUCGGUUUCAUUAAGAGUGGUGAAAAAGUUCAUGUGAGAGUCACAUUCAAUAGUCCAGACGCAGGAAAAGAAAGACCCGAAAGAGGCUCAGACAACAAAAAUCAUGUUGCAAUCUUCCACGUGGCAGCUGGUGACGCGAAGACGUACAAAGAAGCGUUUGCGAAGAAAGCGGCGGACGGAGUUCAUCAUUUCUUUGCAAGACAUUUGGCUGAGCCAGGAGCACAGGUUGAUAAAGAAGCUGAUGAAAAAGCACCUAAUGGGGCUUAGAACAUGAACUUUUAUACUGCAUCAAAUAAAAUGUUUUAUCAAC